AUGGCGGAAACGGCAGAGCGAACAAUCCUGCGCAAAGACCAGCUGGAGAUUAGCUUGGGAAAUGAAAAAUUGCUUAUCAAGGAAGGCACUAUCAAGGAUGAUAACCCACUAGACCUCAGUGAGCCCUUCCGGGAACUGUGCAGUGCUUGCCGCAAGGGCGAUCUGAAAGUCUGCCAGGAGAAAAUUACCGAGGGAGUCAAUGUUAAUGCCCGCGAUGCUUACGACUACACUCCUUUGAUCUUGUCAACCGAUCCAUUACAACCUCUUGCAGCCCAUAUAACAUCGCUCCUUACUCGGCCUACACCGCUGACAUCGGAUAUUAUGGUGACCGCUUCGGACGACUCAGUCCACCUGCAUAAGUUCAUUUUAGCUGCGCGGUCUCCAUAUUUCCAUGGUAAACUUGCAGCCGCCCCGGAGUCGACAACUUGGAAGCUCCCCAGCAGUAUUUCACCCGAUGCUUUCACUGCAGCAAUCAGAUAUCUAUAUCUGGGAGAGCCUCCUCGUGAGCUUCGGAGUGGGCCAGGUACCGGGUUCACCGAAUCCGAAGUUUUUGCGGCGAUCGAUAAGAUCUCUAGCCACUUGGAAAUUCACAGUCUCAUGGACAGUAUUCUGGACAGCGGGGACAGGAGAAUGGCCAGACAGCGAAGGACGAUAGAGCUUGCGAAGGGCCGAGAUCAAUUGGAAGGAUGGUUCCGCACCAACGUUCUCGGCAACAAGAUUGUUAUUGAGACAUCGAAAGUCAACAAGGUGAAGUGGGAUCGAAGCAACGCAAUUUAUGCGGAUGUCCUGCUACAAGCAGAUGACCUUCCGGACGAGGUCGCAGAUGGUCAAUCUCCAAAAUCGACCUUAUUCCCAUGCCACCGAGCAAUGCUCCUUCGUUCCGAAUUCUUCCAAACCAUGUUUUCGUCCUCGUUCCGCGAAGCUCAGGUCACAGAGCAUCUGCACAUUAUCAGCGUCGACUGCGCACCUGACGUAUUGGAAAUUAUCCUCACAUUCCUCUACACCGAGCGCGCUGAUUUUCCAUUAGAGGUUGCAGUUGACGUCCUCUUCGCCGCCGACAUGCUUUUUAUCGAGAAAUUGAAGACCAAGGCUGCCGUUGUAAUUAGCACUUUGGGCAGUGGCGGCAUGUCUCAGGCCGAAGCUGCCAAGACUCGGGGCCAAGAUGAUGAUGAUAUCGAUAUUUAUGCCAUCAUGCGUGCUGCCUGGUUGACUCGUGUACAACGCUUGGAGGAAUUUGUUGGCCGAUUCCUGGCAUAUCGAUUAGAGGCCCAUAUCGACACACCCGAAUUUGCGGAACUGAUCGCGGAGUCAGCAUCGCGCAUCAAGGCACGACAAGAGACUGACUCUAUCGAGUUGCUGGAUGAUAUUCGAUUCUACCUCAAUGAGCGUUUCCGUUUAAGGUUUAAUGAUGCUGGCCUUGACGAGAUGAUGGAUGAGCAGCCGAAACCCGUGGAUGGCGAUGUAACAGGGCAAGCCGAGGAUGGUGACAAGCUUGCAGAUGGUAUUGAAGCUCUAGAUGUGUCGAAAGCCCAAGUCAUCGCAAGGGAAGAAAGCAAGCAACAUGAGCCAGCCGAAAAUAACCGUGAAAUUCGCACUUUAGAUGGAGUGCUUGUCGAGGACGAAUUUGAUGAAGAUGCAAUGAACUAUGACAUCUUGAUGGAGAAGCUAGAUGCUGUCCUGGAGACUUUGAACCUCGAAGCUUAG